AUGGUUGCAUUGCCCGGUACGCCCCUCGGCGGGAAACCGACUUCCGCGCCGCGCAGUCGCUUUCCUACACCACAAUCCGUCGAUCGUUUGCAUAAACCGUUUAAAUGUCCCGGGUCCGCGACACGAACUGUUGCCACAGACCGACCGGCCCGGAAGCGGAGGAAGGUCGACUACGGGGGCGCCGACGGCGACGCGGAUGCUGAUAAGCCAUACACCAAUGCUGACCGUCUCGCUUUGGCAAACCGCGAUGUCAACCGGUUCCCUGUCUUCAAGGCCAAAGACAAGCAUUUGGUCUUUCGGAAGGCCUUCUCCAUCCCGCUCGUCAACAAGGACAGUGCAGCGUAUAACCCUAAUCGGCCACCUCCCACGCUGGGGCUGAGACAGGGCGCUGUGUUUAUUGCGAAGCCGUUGCAUGACCCUUCUGGAGAGUUUGCUAUUGUUCUUCACGAUCCGACGAUUGAUGACAAGCCUAAGGAGAAGCCACCGACGGAGGAUAAGAAGGAAGCAGAGGCGGAAACGAAGGUGGACGCGCCCUUGAUGCACAAGAGCUUGGCCGAGAUUCUUGGCAUCAAGAAGAAGGUCCAGGGUGAACACCCACGUGUACCUGUUGUGAUUGACCCGAGGCUAGCCAAGGUGCUCCGGCCUCACCAGAUCGAGGGUGUCAAAUUCAUGUACCGAUGCGUGACAGGGAUGGUCGACGAAAAGGCGAAUGGGUGUAUUAUGGCCGAUGAAAUGGGUCUCGGCAAGACCCUUCAAUGCAUCACGCUGCUCUGGACGCUGCUCAAACAGUCUCCUGAUGCGGGCAAACCCACGAUUCAGAAAGCCAUUGUGGCUUGUCCGGCUACUUUGGUGGGCAACUGGGCGAACGAGUUGACCAAAUGGCUGGGAGCUGAUGCCACCACGCCUUUCGCUAUUGACCCCAGAAAGACGCCGAAGGAGGAAAUAACCCGCCAGAUUCGACAAUGGGCCAUUGCUACUGGCCGCUCUAUCACGCGCCCGGUCCUCAUUGUCUCGUAUGAGACCCUUCGUUCCUAUGUGGAAGAGCUCAAGAACACGCAGAUUGGUUUGAUGCUCUGUGACGAGGGACACCGGCUCAAGAAUGAGGACAGCCAAACAUUCGGCGCCUUGAACAACCUGAACGUUACCCGGCGUGUUAUCUUGUCUGGCACACCGGUUCAAAACGAUCUGACCGAGUACUUUGCUCUCAUCAACUUCGCCAACCCAGCUCUCCUUGGAAACCGGUUAGAGUUUCGAAAGCGUUUCGAACUACCUAUCAUCCGUGGACGAGAUGCCAAUGCUUCUGACGCCGACCGCAAACGUGGUGACGAAUGCCUCGCUGAGUUGAUCGCCGUUGUCAACAAGUUUAUCAUCCGGCGCGCCAACAAUAUCCUGUCCAAGUACCUCCCGGUCAAGUACGAGCACGUGGUAUUCUGCAACUUGGCGCCGUUCCAGUUGGACCUCUACAACUACUUCAUUAAAACCCCCCAUAUCCAAGCCUUGCUUAGAGGCAAGGGAUCUCAGCCGCUCAAAGCCAUUGGCAUGCUCAAGAAGCUCUGCAACCACCCCGAUUUGCUCGACCUUGCCGCCGAUCUGCCGGGCUGCCAACAGUUUUGGCCGGAAGACUACGUACCAAAGGAUGCUCGCGGCCGGGAUCGCGAUAUCAAACCGUGGUAUUCUGGCAAGAUGCAGGUUCUCGACCGUAUGCUGGCCCGCAUCCACGCCGAGACCAACGACAAGAUCGUGCUGAUCAGCAACUACACUUCGACGCUUGACCUCUUUGACCGUCUCUGCCGUUCUCGCGGCUACGGCUCCCUGCGACUUGACGGGACCAUGAACAGCGCCAAGCGCCAGAAACUCGUGGACAAAUUCAACGACCCCAACGGCAGCGAAUUUGUCUUUUUGCUUUCCUCCAAAGCAGGUGGCUGCGGUAUCAAUCUGGUUGGCGCCAACCGGCUGGUGCUGUUCGACCCAGACUGGAACCCAGCGAUGGACCAGCAGGCGCUGGCCCGUGUGUGGCGUGACGGACAAAAGAAGGACUGUUUUGUCUACCGCUUCAUCGCCACGGGAACCAUCGAGGAAAAGAUCUUCCAGCGGCAGAGCCACAAACAGAGUCUGAGCUCGUGUGUCGUGGACUCGGCCGAGGACGUGGAGCGCCAUUUCAGUCUGGAUUCCUUGCGGGAGUUGUUCCAGUAUCGGGCUGACACCCGCAGCGAUACCCAUGACACGUUCAAGUGCAAGCGCUGUCGGCCGGACGGGAAACAGCAUAUCAAGGCGCAGGCUAUGCUGUACGGUGACACGAGCACAUGGAAUCACUUUGUGAAUGAUGCGUUGAAUGGGAUUCAGGAUCAUUUGCUGAAGCAGGAGUGUGGUGGUGACGAGGUUAGCGCGGUGUUCCAGUACAUUUCUCACUGA